UGCAAUUGGUAACGUCAUUCACGAGUAACCGGUGAGACGUUAAAUAACUAGUUACGCGCCAAACUGUCAUCGGAUUUAUAACCCGUGCAGGAGAAAGAGAGAGAACACGUCCAAUACACGCUCAUAGGAAGAAUGUUUGCCGGAACAAAGUUGUUACAAAAAUAUCUCUCGCCUCAUGUGCCUUUGACCAGUAGAUCAAUGCAUCUCUUGAAGGAUAGCGCGUACGUUAAUGGAAAGUGGGUGCAAGCCAGCAGUAAACAGACAUUUCCUGUUUACAAUCCAGUCGACAACGCCAUAAUUGCUCAAGUUCCUGAUAUGAACGCUGGCGAUGCGCAAGUGGCCGUUGACGCUGCUGCCAGAGCCUUCGAGUCCUUCAGCAGGACCACAGCCAAGCAGAGGAGCGACUUGCUCAGGAACUGGUUCGAUUUAAUGGUCAAGCACUCGGAGGACCUGGCCCAAAUCUUGACCAAGGAGAACGGGAAAUCCCUUGCUGAAUCUAGAACAGAAAUCAGGUAUGGGAAUUCCUUCGUGGAAUGGUUUGCGGAGGAAGCCAGAAGGAUAGACGGGCAGGUGCUGCAAGCCCCUAUAGCUGGUCGAGAAUUGUUCCUGUUGAGACAGCCAGUGGGAGUGGCCGCCUUGAUCACGCCAUGGAACUUCCCGCACGCCAUGAUCACCAGGAAGGCAGGCGCCGCUCUUGCAGCUGGCUGCACAUGCGUGGUGAAGCCCUCCGAGGACACCCCGUUGACGGCACUGGCACUGGCGGACCUUGCGGAGCAGGCAGGCUUCCCCGCUGGGAUCUUGAACGUCCUCACCACAAGCGUGACGAAUUCCGUCGCCGUCGGUAAGGAACUGUGCGAGAGUCCCAAGAUAAGAGUAUUGUCGUUCACCGGCUCCACGACCGUGGGCAAGCUCCUGUACAAGCAGUGCGCCUCUACCAUGAAACGACUCGGCCUCGAGCUGGGCGGCAACGCGCCGUACAUCGUGUUCAAAUCCGCGGACGUGGACCUGGCUGUGAACAGCGCGAUGACCAGCAAAUUCCGCAACACCGGCCAGACGUGCGUCUCGGCGAACAGGUUCUUCGUGGAGGCCGACGUCUUCGACGAGUUCGUCGAGAAAUUCGCGGCGAAGAUCAAGAGCGACAUCAAGCUGGGAGACGGUAGCAAGAAGGGAAUCACUCACGGGCCGCUCAUCAAGAAGAGCCAGUUGGAGAUUGUGAACGAUUUGGUGGAGGACGCGGUUCGGAAGGGUGCCAAGGUACAUUGCGGCGGAACCCCGCUGCCGGAACUCGGGCCACUGUUUUACGCGCCCACCCUGCUGACCGGCGUAACGGCAGACAUGCAGAUCUACAACACAGAGAUCUUCGGGCCCGUGGCCGUAAUCAACGAAUUCAGCAACGAGGAAGAUGCUCUAAGGCGAGCCAACGACACGCCGGUUGGUUUAGCCGGCUACUUCUUCUCGCGAGACGUAUCGCAGAUAUUUCGGGUUGCGCGCAAGCUGGAGGUUGGUAUGGUAGGUAUCAACGAAGGCUUGAUCUCAUGCGCGGAAGCUGCUUUCGGUGGGGUAAAAGAAUCCGGCUUGGGUCGGGAAGGUUCCAGGCACGGGGUCGAGGACUUUCUCGAUAUCAAAUACGUGUGCGUGGGCAAUAUUAAGCACUGAUCGCGCGAGAGUAAAGGUAUGCCUGGUGCAUUUUGAAUGUAGCGAUCAUUGUUGUUCGAUAAUAGAUGUUACAAUGCCAUGCUAGACAAUAAUAAUAAUUUAAUUAUAAUUUAACAUGUGUAAUGUAUAGAAGAAAACGGUUAGUCUUUUUGAAAGAACGUUUUUGAUAUUUCAUGAAGUAAUUGUUCAUAUAGUUUCUAUUUAUUUUUAUGCUUACUGAUAGUUCAAACGAGCGCCUUUCUGUUCUUAUUACAAAUUUUUCUAAUAAUAAUAAAUGUUGAAGGCACAAUGCAUCUCAUUUAUCUCAUUUUAUUUGACUUCAAUUAACUUCUUCAGUUCGAGCAGCUCUAUAAUUUGCAUUAUAUAAACUUAUUGAAAAAUGCAUGUUACACAAUGUUUAUUUUGCAUAUACGUUUAUUGCAAUGUUAUUGUAAAAUAUUAAAUAUAUAUAUAUAGAUAUAUUUCGUAAUAUACGUAUUUGCAUAAAUACCAUUCAGCACUAGUGCCAGAUGAUAUUACGUAACAAGUGAGAAUAUUAAGUUUUUAGAGUGCGAUGUCAAUUAUAUAGUAGUAUAAAAGUAAUAUUCGUAUUUUAUUGUUAUUUUCUAUUUUCCUUACAUCGUAUGUAGAUUUAUAUUUUCUAUAUCACAUGGACAUGCUACAGUACAAAACAAGUCUUCCAAUUGUGUAAAUACGAAGGAUAUAGAUGGAGAAUGUAACAUAAUAUAAGAGAUGCCCGAGGCAUUAAUAUAUCUUUCUGCACAUAUUUUUUCUAUAAGAAUUAUACAGUAUGCUUUAAUUAUUGUAUCUCAAAGUUAUUAUGUAAGAGAGGAACUUCACUGAAAAGUUUAGAUAAUGCGUACAAGAACAAUAACCAGACAAUAUACGAGAUUAUAUAAAAAUAUAGGCUGUGUUACAGGCACUCCAUAUUUCUUUUCCGACUAUAUGCUGCCGUUUUGAAUCUCUUCCCAGAGCUUACCGUACCCUUUUACAGCUUUGUCGAUGAUAACUUUAUAGUCUAGUAUAAAGUUGGCGUAUUUUAACAGUCAGUAAAAAAGGGAGCUUCAUUAUACAUGUCUAACAUUACUUAAUUCAUUAUAAUUCCGUAAUCUUCAUUCUUAAUCUACAAAUUAAGUAUUUGUGACGCAGUGAACAGCGUGUGGUCAAGAAAGAAUAUGGAAUGUGCCUAUAUCUAUAUAUGUAUGAGAAAUUUAUCUACACUGAAAUAAUUGAUAAUCCAGCGUAAGUCUUAAUCUUCCUACUGUUGAAGUGUUUAUUCCGUUACUGCAACCGAUAUGAUGUUGAUAAUUAUAUAUUGUCAAAAAAGAAUGAUUUUUUGUUCCGAGAAAUAAUUACCUACGUUAAUGGGCAGGUAUUUUACAAUUACAUGAUCAUAUUUUAGAAAUAAAGAUAUAUUCACAUGAUGUAAUAGUAAAUAUAAUACAUAUACAUUAAAACAUGUAGCAUAUACAUGUUGUCAAUGAUAGUAUCGUAACCAGAAUAAAACAGUAGCAAGAAUGUCAGCAAUCUGUC